AUGAAGGCAGAAGCUGGGAAGAUGCUGCACAGUGAGAGGUCAAAGCAGGAGGGCCACAUCUGGGGCUCCAUGAGGAAGACGGCUUUCAUCCUGGGCUCUGGCCUUCUUCUGUCCGUGGCCUUCUGGAACUCAGUCACAUGGCAUCUGCAGAGAUUUUGGGGCGCCUCUGGCUACUUCUGGCAAGCCCAGUGGGAAAAGCUGCUGACUACGUUUGAAGGGAAGGAGUGGAUCCUCUUCAUUAUAGGUGCCACUCAGCUGCCAGUCCUGUUUUUUUGGGGCUUCAAUGGGCUUCUGCUGGUGGUUGACACGACUGGGAGACCCCACUGCAUCACCCGCUACCGAAUUCAACCCGGCAAGAAUGAGCCUGUGGAUCCCGUGAAACUGUGGCAGGCCAUUCGCACAGUUCUUUUCAACCAGUUCGUGGUCUCUCUGCCCAUGGUGGUCUCCUUCUAUCCCCUCCUUAAGUGGUGGGGAGACCCCUGCCGCCACGACCUGCCCACUUUCCACUGGUUCCUCCUGGAGCUGGCAACCUUCACCCUGAUCGAGGAAGUCCUGUUCUACUAUUCACACCGGCUCCUUCACCACCCAAAGUUCUACAAGAGGAUCCAUAAGAAACACCACGAGUGGACGGCUCCCAUCGGUGUGAUCUCCUUCUACUCCCACCCCGUCGAGCAUGUGGCCUCCAACAUGGUGCCAGCGAUGCUGGGGCCACUGGUCAUGGGCUCACACUUGUCCUCCAUCACGAUCUGGUUCUCCUUGGCUGUCACCGUCACCACCAUCUCUCACAGUGGCUACCACCUGCCCUUCCUGCCAUCACCUGAAUUCCACGACUACCACCAUUUAAAGUUCAACCAGUGCUACGGGGUGCUGGGGGUGCUGGACCAGCUCCACGGCACCGAUACCGCAUUCAGACAGACCAAGGCCUACGAGAGGCACGUGCUCCUGCUGGGCCUCACCCCGCUUUCAGAGAGCAUCCCCGACCCCCCGAAGAUGCAGUGA